CCGAGUCUCCGAACUCCCGCUUUCUUUUUUUCUCCUCGCUGCUCCGGAUCACCGGCGUGCCCCACCAUGUCAGAUGCGGCUGUGGAUACCAGCUCCGAGAUCACCACCAAGGACUUGAAGGAAAAGAAGGAAGUUGUGGAGGAGGCACAGAAUGGAAGAGACGACCCUGCCAACGGGAAUGCUAAUGAGGAAAAUGGGGAGCAGGAGGCUGAUAAUGAGGUAGAUGAAGAAGAAGAAGAAGGUGGGGAUGAAGAGGAGGAGGAGGAAGAAGGUGAUGGUGAGGAGGAGGAUGGAGAUGAAGAUGAGGAGGCGGAGGGAUCUACAGAAAUGAUGGAACAGGGGGUGAACCAAAGCAACAGUCAUACUCAGUAA